AUGUUGGAGCGUAUUAGCAUUUACAGAAACGACAGUGCGAAUUUCGGUUCCCACAACACUUCUUCCCGAACUACUAUUGUAUUCAUUGUUGUUGCUUUGAUUUGUGCGUUUGUUCCUGCAUUCUCUGUUAAAGAAACUGAAGCAAAAUCACUAUGGGAUACCUGUCUUCUUAAAAUCAGUCCAAAAUGUGCGUUGGAUAUAAUUGGUGUUGUCUUUGAAAAUUUAACCAUCACUGAUGCAUGUUGUCAUGAUCUUGUACAAGAAGGAAAAAUGUGUCACGAUACUCUUAUCAAAUAUAUUGCUGAGAAGCCGCAUUUAGUUGCCCACGAAACAGAGUAUUUGAAGAAAAGUGAUGAUUUGUGGACUUAUUGUGUCUCAGUUUCGCAAACUGCUUAAAAAUAUGUUAUGCUUGUAUUGAUCUACAAAAAAUUUAUUUAACUAUCGUUAAAUUUUAUUUGAUCAAAAAUCGUGGAUCAAACAGUAUGCAAUAUAAAGCGACCAUCAAGUGAAUCUCAUUAUAAAUGAAUCAAUACAUAUAUUAACUCAAUUGAAAAACAAUGUGCUAACCAUACAAGAUUGUUAAACUAAUAA